UUUCGACAUCGGCGUUCUUGCGAAAUCUCUCUGGCUGUCUAGACUCAGAAGCGUAAAAUUUCCUUCAUUCCUUCAAAAGUUUUCGCUUACUGCUCAGACCUAACUAUCCAGUUUUUCGCCCUUUAUUCCACUUUGCCAUUUAGCUUCAGUUUUAGAUUGCCAGACACAACAUCAUAAUUGUGUUUAAAUAUUUAAAUUUGACUUUUUGAAAAUUCGUAUUAAAACUUCGUCAAGGAUGGCUCAUCCCAUAAUACUCUCCUGUGUUCUCAUAAUUUUAUCGAUAUUUGGCCCCGAAUCUCUCGUCAGCGGUGGCGUGUGCUGGUCUGCGGUGACAGCCAACGGUCGCUGUAAGGAUCUCGUGCAGAGCUCCGUCUCCAAGGAAUACUGUUGCCAAUUGGCCGGCGGCCUGGCUGCCUGGACCGAAGAGGACUAUGAUAACGGUCAGGCAUUUUUCUGGCACGCGUUAGGAGGCGGCGCACCCAACUGUAAAACAUGUUCGGAUUCAUGUAAUAAUAUCAAAUGCCCAGACGACGAAGUAUGCAGCAUGAAAAAUGGACAGCCGGUGUGCGGUUGCCCGCUCCACUGUCCUGCACCAGGGCCUGGUACUAAAGCCAUUUGCGGAUCUACAGGACAAACUUUCAAAUCCGAAUGCCAUUUAAAAAGAUACAAUUGUCGGAAGCAGACGAAGAUCUGGGCAGACUAUGAAGGUCACUGCCAAAGUUCAUGCGAUACGGUGAAAUGCAAGGCAGACCAGCACUGCAUACUAGAUAAAGAGCACACUCCCCACUGCGUCCGCUGCCAGUCGCGUUGUCUUCCCCUCAAAACAAACCCUGUCUGCGGAACCGAUGCAGUUACUUACGAUUCACUUUGCCAUCUGCAUAAGUUUGCCUGUGAGAAUAAGGAGAAAAAUGUCAAAUACGCACACCGAGGAGGUUGUGAUGCGUCGACAACUUGCGCGAACGCCAGAUGCAGCGCAGACGAGACUUGUAUCCUGGACAGUAUAACACGGACGCCGCGCUGUGUGCGUUGUGAUUUGAAUUGCUCAAACAGCACGGAGAGUCCCGUAUGUGGGUCGGAUGGCAUCACCUACACGAACUGGUGCCAGCUAAGAGCUAAUUCGUGUGUUUUUGGCGUCCUUAUCCACGUGGACAGGAUAGGAUCGUGCAAUGACAACCAGACUGCGAUUAGAUGAUUACAUCUGCACCGGUUAUAAUUAAGCGCUGAAGGUUGCUUUUUGUCCAAGUUCCUCAACGGUUCUUCCUGGCACAGUAUGCUGACCAAACAGUCCGAUCCCCGAGCUCAACGGCACAGGCAGAGAGUGUGGAGAAGAUUAAUUUAAGCUGUUUGAACUAUGACUAAAUUAUUCUAAAUUAAGUUUAUUUAUUUCUCCGAAUUUUGCAGUUAGAAAUGGUAGCUAGCGUUGGGCCGUUGGCUAUACAUGGAGGGCCUCGUAGUGGUGGCAGCUAGUUUUUGUACAUAGCGGGUUCAGGUGCUGAUUGUGGUACGAAUGUCUGAAACGGUGGUAUAAUUGCCAGUGUGGCGAUUUUGUACAGUUUCUUGUUGGAUUAUUGCUUAAGAAUUAUGGUUGUUACAUGGGCAUUUUCCACCAGUUAUUGUGGCUCAUACGAGCGCU